AUGAUCCUUAAUGCAUCUCUGUUUUAUGAAAUCCCUUCUGUAUGGAAGGAGUCAAUUAGAACUGCUAUCCCUAAACAUCCUAAUGCCACUCUUGUAUCAUCGUAUCGUCCCAUAAGUAUAACCACACCUGUGGUUAAAGUGCUGGAGAAAGUGAUACGCGAUAAGCUGCCAACGUACUUCAGCAAAAACAGGAUGAUCCCCAUCGAACAGCAUGGAUUUGUGACUGGAGCUGCUCCAGAUUACUUCAACGGUGUUCUCUUAAAAAGCACUAGAAAAGUUCGUGACCUUGCAAUACAUAUAAACUCGGAACUGGAUUUCGAUCGUCACAUUAGUAUUAUUGUGAAAAAAGUUUUUGGGGCUAUGUUAACGAUUUUUAACAAUAUCCACUACAAUGAUGCGGCAACCUUUUUGAAACUUUACAAGGCUUACGUUGUCCCCAUAUGA